UAAUUAAUUAGACAAAAAUAAAUAAAUAAAUAAAUAAACCUUGAGGUUUAAAAUUUUCACUUAUUUAAUAGAAAUCCAUUACUCGUAAUUUACCACAAGAGAAAACUCUAGAAAAUGAUUUCUCAUCACAAAUUUUAAAACAAUCUUCCCAUCCAACCCUUAACUCUUCUCCCCCCCAAAUAAAGAAAAAUAAAUCAAAUUACCGUUAUAAGGAGAAACAACCCUCUCUCUCUCCACCACCUCCCCUCUUCACUCUUCCCUAUCUAACUAUCGAUCCCUUCACUAUCCUACAAAACACAACAAAAAGAAACCCACACCUUCAAUUAUUAUCAUAUCAUAUCUCUUUCCUUUGAACCUUCCCACCCCUCAAAAAUGUAAACCCCAUCUCCAUAUUCAUAUUCCUCCCCCUUCCCCCUUAUUUCUAAGAUCCAAAUCAUUACAUCAAAUGGGGAAGAAAUUAGACAAUUCUAGACUUAAUAAUAACUAUAGAUCAAAAACCCUCCCAUCUUCACCUACUCAUUCACUAUCCGCGUCCUCCUCCUCAUCCUCAUCUGAAUUCGAGUUCCGUAACUCGAUUUCGCCUCGUAAGUCUUCCGCCGCUCUUUGCCCUGCCGAUGAGUUGUUUUACAAAGGUCAGCUGUUGCCUCUUCAUUUAUCACCUCGGAUUUCUAUGGUCCGUACCUUACUGUUAGCAUCUUCCUCAACCUCCUCAUCUUCCGAUACUACGACUACUGCCUCGCGUGAUUCUUCCUCGUCUAAUGACUCGACUUCCUCGUCUUUCGCCGCUGAUCUCUCUCUCCUUGCUGCUGGUGACCCUUGUUGUGACUCGUCCCGCCCUAGCUCCGUCACCGACGAUGACAACAACAACAACAACAAAAGCUAUAGCAAUAAUAAUUGCCAGGAUUAUUAUCUAAAACCACGUCCCAACAACAACAACACUAACAACAAUAGCAAUGUUAAGAAGUCGUCGUCGUCGUCAUCAUCGUCUUCGUCAUCUAAGUACUUUUCACUUUCGAGAUUCUCGAAUGUGUUUAAGAAAGAUCCACCUUCUACUAAGACAACGACAACGAUGACAACAACAAUGAUGACAGAGGGAUCGUCGGUGAAGAAGGUAAGCACUUCAGCUAAGGAGGUUAUAAGAAAAUACAUGAAAAAAGUGAAGCCUCUUUACGAAAAGCUCUCGUCUAAGCAACAAUCACCAUCGCCAAUACCUGAUAAAAGGAGAGAGAAUAUUUUACUAUCGGAGACGACGACAGCUUUGUUAGAAGAAACAAAGGAAACAGCGGAAGCAAGCGGCGGUGCCAGUGGAGGUGGUGGUAGUGUGGGAGGUGGGUUGACUCAGUCAUUUUCAGGGAACUUGAAAGUUCCUAGAAUGAUCCGUAAGAGCUGUGUGGCUAGUUGUCCGUCUUCGAUGCGGUCAUCUCCGAGUCACUCUGGGGUGCUCACUCGAACCGGAUUGCCGAUGCGAGCCGGGUUAGCGAGCUAUGGAAGUGGGUCGUACUCGUCGGAGACAUCAACAAUGGAGGAGCUUCAGAAUGCUAUACAAGGUGCAAUUGCUCAUUGUAAGAACUCCAUGGUUCAAAGUAGCAGUUCAAGCUUCAAUGACAACAAUAUUGGUAUUGUUGGAAAUGGCAAAGGCAAGGCUUUAAUGAUUUGAUUAUGACUUUGAGUUAUAGGAUUUAAUUAUCGUUACUCUUUCUGUUCGGAUUUAGUUAUCGCAUUAAUAGAUAAUUUCGAAUUAUGCUAUUAUUGCGUUUCUUAAUUUUAAUCUCGAACAGAAAGAGUAAUUUUAUUGUUCACAAUAUUUAUUUAGGUCUUGAGCUAGUAUUAAGCUAGUUAGUAGUUACGUGAUACCCGAUGGUACCUCGUGUGUUCAUGUUUGGGUUUCGAUAUCAAGAUCCGGUUUGACUCUUUGACAAAUAAGUUAACUUUUUAGGCACCACAAAAUUUUAAAAGUACUUAUGUUUAUAUUUUCUCCGUCUCAAUUUACUUGUUAAAUUUGACCGACUUUUAUGAAACCACUUUGAUCAGAUUGAAAUGCAAGUAAAUUGAAACGAAAGAAGUAAAAUUAGUUGUCCAGUUGCUUUCAAGAAUGAAAAGGAAAGAUGAGGUGACUUUGAUAAAUGAUAAUAAGGUACCACAUGUGACUUCUGAAAGUUGAUGUUUGGUACGAGCAGUAGUCUUAUUUAUAGUUGUUACGGAAAAUAUUGUUUGGAA